GUUUGAGGUAAAAAAAAUCAAAAUUUAUUUUUCAUAUUUUUAAUAGUUUUAUUAUGUGAAUGAAGCUUGCAAUAAGGCCAAAGAAACCCAAACGGUUCAUCCAAAUCCCACAGAACCUCACCUCAGUAUUCUCCAUCUCUUCCGAUUCUUCCCAAUUAUCUCCUCCCAUCCCCGAAAUCGAUUCCGAAAUCGACCGAAUCACUAGACUCAUCAAUGAUCAUCCAUUUCAUCCCCUCCUCUUCCGCCACAUCCCACCUUCUCUCCUCUCCACCACCCUCGUCGAACAAGUCCUCGGCCGACUCUUCUCCGGCCACUCCAAUGGCCUCAAAGCCUUUGAAUUCUUCAAGUUCUCUCUCCAUCACUCUCAAUCCUUCUGUCCGAGUCCCGACGCAUUCGAGAAGACCCUCCACAUCCUUACUAGAAUGCGGCAUUUCGAUAAAGCUUGGGAGCUAAUGGAAGAGAUGAAACAGAAAUAUCCUUCCUUGCUCACCCUCAAGUCUAUGAGCAUUGUACUAUCGAAAUUGGCCAAGUUUGGAUCCUUUGAAGAUACCCUUGAAGCCUUUGAUAGGAUGGAGAAAGAAAUUUUUGUGGGGAGAGUGUUUGGUGUAGACGAGUUUAAUGUACUCCUUCGAGCGUUUUGCACACAGAGGCAGAUGAAGGAGGCUCGGGCUGUAUUUGGGAAGAUGUAUUCAAGGUUUUCUCCCAAUACCAAGACUUUAAAUAUCUUGCUUUUGGGGUUCAAGGAGUCUGGCGAUGUUACUGCUGUUGAACUGUUCUACCAUGAGAUGAUUCGCAGAGGGUUUACGCCGAAUGUUGUAACGUAUAAUAUCAGGAUUGAUGCUUACUGUAAGAAGGGUUGCUUGGGUGAUGGUUUAAGGCUUCUCGAAGAGAUGGAACAAUCAAAUUGCUUUCCAACGUUAGAAACAAUUACCACUUUGAUACAUGGUGCAGGGAUUGCUCAGAACCUGUCACGAGCCCGGCAAUUGUUCGAUGAAAUUUCACAGAGAAAUUUGAAACCUGAUAUUGGGGCUUACAAUGCUCUUAUGGCUUCUUUCGUCAGAGGAAGAGAUGUGAAGUCUGCAGUCAGGUUGAUGGAUGAAAUGGAAAAGAUGCAUGUCAGGCAUGAUAACGUUACUUAUCAUACGUUGUUCUUAGGAUUGAAGAGGUCAGAUGGCAUUAAGGGUGUUCAUAAGCUCUAUAGGAAGAUGGCUGAGAGAAAUUUUGUGCCCAAGAUGCAAACAGUGGUGAUGUUGAUGAAAUUCUUCUGUGAGAAUCAACGACUUGAUUUGGGAUUGGAACUGUGGGAGUAUCUGGUAGAAAGAGGUUGCUGUCCCCACGGGCAUGCGUUGGAUUUGUUGGUGGCAGGCCUGUGCUCCCGAGGAAGGGUGAAGGAAGCUUACAUGUGUUCUGAGCAAGUGCUGGAGAGAGGAAGGCAUCUGAGUGAAGGAGUAUUCCUCAUGUUGGAAAGGUCUUUGGUGCAAGCAGGUGAGGCUGACAAGUUGAGGAAACUUGAUCAAAUGAUAAAGAGGUUACAAAUGGUUUUGCCUUCAUCAAGGGGGCAUGCUUUAGGUCUUUCGGCUUCAACUACUGUAAAUUGAUGCAUUGUGGGAUUACAGAGAAGAUUUUGAAUGAGGCAUUUUGCCAAUGUUUGUAAUUCCCGUCUUUUCCAAGGCUAUGCUUGGUUU